CUCUGCAGAGAUAUCGAUUGGAUUAGGGUUAGGAAAGCAUAAUGUUUCACCAUCAAACUUGCUUGCACAGAAUGUUACUACUACUCAUAUAUUCAAAAAAAAAAAAAAAAAAAAAAAAAAAAUUGAAAAUAUCUGUCCCAAAAUCCAUGAACCCAGUCAAAUGAUCAACCCGAAUAUCAGGCCCACUCAGCUUUAAGGGCGGUUAUAUCAGAUUGGUAUUAGGGAUUGAGAAAAAGUAGAUUCCUCUCUCUGUUCAUGAAAUAAAAGUUAAAGCAGAUGCCACCCUAUAUUUAAAGACCACGUCUCAAGACCCUUCCACAACCAACCAACCGCGUUCCCCAUCAUCUUGAGCCCUUUAUGAGUUAAAACUCUCUCUCUCUCUCUCUCUCUCUCUCACAGGUGUUCUACUCCCACCUUGAUCCAGACCUAACUAAAAUCAAACAGUCCUUGAUAUAGGUUUAGUACUACUCAGUACUCGUCAUCAUCAUCAUGCCUAGGGAAAGAGAUCCUUUGGUUGUUAGUCGAGUGAUCGGGGACGUGUUGGACCACUUCAACAGAUCCAUAGCAAUUCGAGUAAUCUACAACAGUAGAGAGGUAGCAAAUGGAUGUGAUCUCAGGCCCUCAGCUGUGGUCAACCAACCUAGGGUUGAGCUCGGAGGCAAUGACCUUCGGACCUUAUACACACUGGUUAUGGUAGACCCUGAUGCUCCGAGCCCAAGCGAACCAAACCUAAGAGAAUAUUUGCAUUGGUUAUUGACAGAUGUGAAUGCAACAAGAGGAAAUGCAGUUCGGCAAGAGAUUGUUUCCUACGAGAGCCCACGACCAACGGUUGGGAUUCACCGCCUUGUGUUUGUGUUGUUCCGGCAAGUAGGUAGGCAGACCAUCGAUGCUCCGGGAUGGCGUCAAAACUUCAUCACUAGAGACUUUGCUGAACUGUACAACCUCGGUUUGCCAGUUGCUGCUGUCUAUUUCAAUAGUCAGAGGGAGAGAGCUACGGGAGGAAGAAGACAAUGA